GAAUCAAUCCAUUGGCAACAGACGCAAGGUACUGUGUGAGCGCGUAGUUCUGGUGUGUGUAAGUUUACUGACAUUUGCGUGUAGGUCGAGGUCUUCGUGAAGGUUCUGGAUGCUCAGUGUACAGAUCGCGUUUUCAGUCGUUUGAAAGGAGGAUCAACCACGACGGACGAUCCGCUCAUGAUGAAGACGUUUGUUCACGUGGAGGAUCCAGAAACAUUUUGUUUGUGCAUGAGGUGGAAGCACGACGAUAAUGCGGAGCGUUGGAGAAGCUUUUGGGAUAUGACUCCUGCGGUCGAUUGAAUGGAAUAAUGUGGCUCCCGAGUUAAAUACUUCGAAGUAGUAUUUGAUUUCUUGACAUACUUUGAUCCUGAUAAAUAUAAAGUUAGUAAUAUACAAAGAUGGCGUACUCUCCUGAGCAAUACCAAGCUAGCAAGGAACGAAUCAAAGCAGCGCAGAAGCGCUACUACCAGCGCACACGCGAAGCCCGUUUAUCUUAUCAAAAAGACAACGAUGACAAGAAUAGAGACCAGAUUCGAGCUCGCACGUCUUUUCGAUAUGAGGGUAGUUUUAGAACCUCUAAACCGGUCAGAUCUAAUAGACGUUGAUUUGACGACGCCCACUUUAUAGCGAGAGCCACGUCUUUUGGACCUUAGGGCGUUUCGGGACCGCUCGUUCAAACCACAUUGAUAAACCAAUAGAACAUUACGCCGGCAGAUUUUACUAGUAGUUCGGACCAGCGCGACGUGGCGUCUCAUCAUUGGUUGAAAAUCUAUGUCACACACCUUCAUGUUCGCUUAAGUACGCCAGAAAUUCUCCCUCCUCAUUCCAGAAUCUGCCGGCUCGAGAAAAGAUGGUGAAGCUCGUCUGUGCGAUCGUUGGUGUGGCGGGAAGCGCUUUCCCUGUGGACAUCGACGCGAGUCAGCUGGUCGGAGACUUGAAGAAGGCGAUCAAGGCGGAGAAGACGAACGACUUCAAGGACAUCGACGCAGACAAGCUGCAGCUCUUCCUGGCGAAGACGGCGGACGGCGCGUGGCUGCCAGACGACGACCAAGCUGCGCUGGAUCUGGAGGACGGAAAGGUUCAUGAGGACAUUCAAGCGUUGAUCGAUGGCGAGAAGAUGAAGGCUACGUGGACAAUUGAGGACGUGUUGACAGCUAACAAUAUGACCAAACGGAAAGGGCGCGCUCCAAAGUCGAGACAAAUCCACGUGCUGGUGGUGGUUCCGGAGCAAGAACACGCACAAACUGGAUUGUGGCUUGUCACUGGAUCCGUUGAAAACGCGUUGAUCACGAAAGGAAUUCGCUGCAAACUGUACCGGAUGGCGACGUUACGCAUUGGAUACUACGAUCCUACGCGCUGCAUCGGCAACAAGAAUGUCGCGUUUUGGUAUGAAGACAAGAAAUUGUGUUUUCAUGUUUUAUUCGAGACAAGUACGUGCUUCUAUAUGCUGUCGCUGCAUCGUAAUACUGCUUCAUUGAGGGCUAACUCUGUUUCUUUUAUAGAAGAUGCUGCUUUGCUGUUCGAAACUGACUUAAGGACUGGGCCACAAACGCUGGGCUCUCCGUUAACUAACCAGGUUGUUGAGACGCGUGUUGCACCAGCUAACGCUGUGUCUACUGAUCUCCAGCGCGUCUUCUACUGCGACUACGUUCCAGACGAUUCGGAAUCUCCUCAAAACACAGUUUCAUCGAUAUCGUUGACUACAAGCGUUUCGAAUCUGGACCCAUCGACUGACGAGUUUCGUUUUCAGCGGAUUGAGGACGAGAAGUUCUUCCUACCGUACGGCAAGGCAGAAAGCUGCCAUUUGGUGUCGAGAAAGCAAAGCAGAGACCACAAACGGGAAUUCGCCAAGUACGAUCGCGACUCAAACAACAGGCUUGCGCUUUCUCGCGAAAUGCAUGGUUGGUUCGACGGUAUGAGCAUUGAGGUUCCCAUCGUCAACAUGCUACCCGGAUCUGUUGAAGAGAAUCAAUCCAUUGGCAACAGACGCAAGGUACUGUGUGAGCGCGUAGUUCUGGUGUGUGUAAGUUUACUGACAUUUGCGUGUAGGUCGAGGUCUUCGUGAAGGUUCUGGAUGCUCAGUGCACAG